AUGACAACAGAAAGUGAGAGUAGCGGUGGUAUCGUUAGAAUAAUUAAAGAUUUAGCCAGUGGAACUGUCGGAGGAAUUUGCCAAGUGUUAGUUGGGCAGCCAUUCGACACAGUUAAAGUGAGACUCCAAACGCAACCAACACCAAAACUUGGUGAACAACCAAGGUUUACUGGAAUGUUGGAUUGUGUUCAAAAAACCAAGAAAAAUGAAGGAUUUAGAGCUUUUUACAAGGGAACUACAACUCCAUUGGUUGGUGUUGGUGCAUGUGUUUCCAUUCAAUUUGGGGCAUUGGAAUUUAUGAAAAGGUUCUUUAACGAAAGGAAUGGAUACACUGGUGGUUUAACUAGCCCUCAAUUAUAUUUAGCUGGUGCCAUCGCAGGAAUUGCUAAUUCUGUGGUGUCUGGUCCUGUUGAACAUAUUCGUACACGACUUCAGGUUCAAAUCACAUCCACCACUGAUAUUAAACCAUCAUCAAAAGCAGUUUCAACAAAAAUAUACUCUGGGCCAAUUGAUUGCAUUAGGCAGAUAUAUUCUUCAUAUGGCAUGAAGGGAAUAUAUAAAGGACAAACCAUAACAAUGAUUCGAGAAUUUCAAGGUUAUGGUGCGUACUUUCUUGUUUACGAAUAUCUUUUUCAAAAAGCAAUGUCAAGAGAGCAAAAGAAACGCAGCGAGAUUGAAAGUUGGAAAUCGUGUUUAUAUGGCGCGGCAGCAGGAUAUGGAAUGUGGUUGUCAGUUUACCCAGUGGAUGUGAUUAAAAGUAAAAUACAAACUGACGGAUUUAGUGGAGAGGAAAGACAAUAUAAAGGAAUAAUAGAUUGCGCCAGAAAAACUUUUCGCAAAGAAGGAAUCAAUGGAUUCUUCAAGGGUUUUGGUACUUGUAUUCUACGUGCUGGUCCUGUUAAUGCAUCUACUUUUGUGGCAUUCGAAAUGGCAAUGAGAGUCUUUGAUAAAUUAUAA